AUGGAUGAGUUUCUGUCAAAAGCUGGUAGUCAAGCUGCUACCUUUGCAAUCAAAUCUGGUAUAUCAAUUGCAUCGUCGUAUGCCAUAAAGACCGUGGCGACGUUCGUGACCAAGAUUCCCGAGGAAGAUGCCUCGAAACUGGACAGGUUGAGAAGUAAACUCGAAACAAGAAUUGACAUUGUCUCACCGGCUAUUGAUUUGGUCCGGUUAGUAGCUGCUAAGGGCAAUACAAAUCUAGAAGGAACGCUGAAACUUACAAGAACAUUGAAAGAAGAAAUUGAUUCAUUUGACUCCAAGAUUGCAACUAUUACCGAAAACUACCAUUCGAAAAAGAACCAACGACAAUCGAUUGUAGCUGUUGAAGAAUACCUAAACGAUUUGCUCUCCAGAAUUGAUGAAGUGAUUCCGCUUAUCAAUUUAUCGCUGACUAUCUCCGGAGCGAAUCUCAGUACUGCACUGCCUCAGAACGUGUCACCUGGACGUCUUUUACAAGCUUCCGACCUAAUUAAUGAGAAUAACAGGGCUUUCGAUAAUGCUACGGAAGUUCAAGUUGGCCCCACCUUCGAACUAACCUUGUUCUCCAUUUUCUACCAUCUCCAAUCCGCCGAGAACGCUAUCAAUGGUAUAAAACCUCGAAUUACGUGGAAGGAAGAUUUUAAAAAGGCCCUGGUUACACUACGGCGUCGACCCACGGCAAACGACAGGUUUGAUUAUUACGUGAAGAUUCAAGAAAGCUUUCAAGACGGACGAUACCACGAUACAGACGAAGAAAAGGAACAAGUGAUCAUUUUUGAUAUUUGGAAAGUUCUCAAACUGUUCUUCAGUGCUUCUGGCAAACUGCUCAAGCUGGAGGAUCGAAAUUCAGCGGUUCUCGUUUUGAAAGUAGACCAAAAUCUGAAAUCAAGUUCCCCUGAAGCGAAAACAAGUUCUACUGAAGAUCUGAUCUGGUAUGCUUUUGGUGAGUGCGACGUCAGUGAAGAUGACAAUGACGAUUCUGACGAAGAUGAUGAACACUCGGAAACCGAUAAUAGCGCUUCAGAAGAAAUCACUCAAGAAUCUGAACGGGAAAAGGUUCGCAGCCGUUCAAUAUCACUACUAGAAUACAUGAUCAGACUGGCGUCUUUACAAUGCAGCGAUCAAGAAAGUAUUUUGAAUAUUAGAGACGAAAGACUCGCAAUGUAUCUUACUGACGAAAAUGCUAGCUCUGUCAAAUCAAAGAAGUACAACGUGGAAGAGGUCACAAGUCGAUUGCAAAAAAUUAAGCUGGCAUCAGAUGAUACCCCAAACGAAGCGUGA